AGUCUCGUGCAUUGUGCCAGCACAGUGUCAAACAUGGCGGCGCGCAUCAUUGCCCGGUGUGUCCGGUCACUGAACCAACGUUCAGUAUUUAUUAACCGUGUCAAUAAUGCUGCGAUAUUAACAGCAGCUCCGCUCACUCACAGCCGAACAUUCUCACAGCUGACUUAUGGACACAAGUCUUUGCUGACGCAGAUCUCUGCCAGUUCGCUUCAGGUCUCUCAGUGGAGGCAUUAUGGUGAUUUGCCCCCAUUAACGCUAGAGACUAUCCGUGACCGUGUUCUCUAUGUGCUGAAGCUGUAUGACAAGAUCAACCCUGAGAAGCUUCAGGCUACAUCUCACUUCAUGAAGGACUUGGGAUUGGACAGUUUAGACCAGGUGGAGAUCAUCAUGGCCAUGGAAGAUGAAUUUGGUUUUGAGAUUCCUGAUGCUGAAGCAGAAAAGUUGAUGACACCACAAGAGAUUGUUCAGUACAUCGCAGACAAGAAGGAUGUCUAUGAAUGAGAAUGACGAAUUAUUGUAAAGAGAAUUCUGUCACAUGAACAAGUCCAUGGAGGUUUUGACAAACUCUUCUUUUUUGCCUGUUUUCUUUUUAUAUUUAGAUAAAUCUUAAAAAUCUGUCUUCAUAAUUUUUUUUUUGGUUGCUUGUGAUUUUCAGGUCUACAUCUUUCUCUGCUAGGUGCAUGCACAAGCGUCUUAUUCAGACUUUAAGAGUGUGAAAAUAUUGUGAAUAUUCAUAUGAAUACUACAGUAAUAAAGACAUUAAAUCAC